GUUUUUUUCCACCUUACCGAGUGCCGACUGAUAUUACAUAUUAUUAUUUAUAUGUAUUGUAAUUCGCGAGCAAACUACUGUGUAUGGGAACCAUUUUGGCAAAUUAGUUUUCGUAACGUCCGUUUGGUCCUUACUCGUUAACUGAUACUCGUCUAACGUCGUACACUUACAUUAUUUGCGCAUUUUGAUAAUUCGAUCGAUUGUAAACCUAUAACAUUUUAAAGUGCGCAUUAUUGAUAUUGUAUUAACUUUAAAUUAAUAUUCAAUCCAAUUUCUGUAUUAUUAUGGCUGAAAUAAAGAAGCAUUUGUAUGUUCAAAAAAGAGAUGGCAGUAUUGAAAGUGUUCAUUACGAUGAAAUUAUUGCACGUAUUAAACAGUUAUGCUAUGGCUUGGAGAAAAUAGAUCCAGCUGCAACAGCAAUUCAUGUAAUCAAAAAAUGUCUUUACACUGGUAUUACUACGUCUCAACUGGAUGAUGCAGCUGCUGAAAUGGCAAUUACUAUGGCUACUAUUCAUCCUGAUUAUGAAAAAUUAGCAGCCCGUAUUGCUAUUUCUAAUUUGCAUAAGCAAACUAAAGAAAAAUUUAGUGAUGUGAUGGAUGAUAUUUAUAAAAAUGAUGGUUAUUGGAAUAUUGGUUUAUCCGAUGAUAUUUAUGAAAUUAUCAUGAAAAAUAAAGAUCGAUUAAAUGAAGCAAUUAAUUAUGAAAACGAUUAUAACUUUGACUACUUUGGAUUAAAAUACUUAACCCAAAACUUUUUAGUUAAAUCUGAAAAUCAAACUAUUGAACGACCUCAACAAUUGUUUAUGAAAGUUGCUGUAGGUAUUCAUAGAGAUGAUAUUGACUCAGCUAUUGAAACAUACAAAAUGUUAUCUCAAAAGUUAUGUAUGUUUUCUCCAGUAGUUAUGCAAUUGCAGCCAGCUGCUAAAAAAUUAAAUGUAUCAGUUGUAAGUCAUUAUUCAAUAGCAAUGAUAGCAGACAGCAUUGAUGGUAUUUAUGAUACUCUUAACCGUUUGUCAACAUUUAUUUUACCUUAUUCGAGUACUGCUGUCCAUGUGCAUAAAAUACGUGCUGCAGGAACUUAUAUUAAAGGUAGUAAUGGAAAAUCUAGCGGUCUUCCUCUUAUGUUGAAGCAGUAUGAUUCAAUGGUCCGUAAAACAGAAACAUCAGAAAGGCCUAAGAGCAUUAGAGGUGUAGCAAUUUAUUGUGAAUUAUGGCAUGCAGAUAUAAUGAAGGUUAUUGACCAAAUUAGAAAGACUACUAUUGCAGAUAUAAAAUUAAAAAAUAGUCAUCUCGCUUUAUGGAUACCUGAUGAAUUCAUGAGAAGAGUACAAGAAGACCAAAUGUGGAGUUUUAUGAGUCCUGAUCAUUGUCCUGGUCUUAUAGAAGUUCAUGGAGAAGAAUUUGAUAACCUUUAUAAAGAAUACGAAAAGAAAAGUAAAAGUUUUGUUAUAAGACAAAUUGAAGCAAGGAAGUUAUGGUCACAAAUUAUUCAGUCUCAGAUUGAAACAGGCUUACCACUAUUAUUAUUUAAAGAUGCGUGUAAUGCUAAAAGUAAUGAAUCUCAUUUAGGAACAAUCCAGUGUGCUGGUAGAAAUGGAGAUACUGUACAAUUUACUGCAUCUGAUGAAGUGGCCACAUGCACUACUGCUUCAAUUUCAGUAGAUAUGUUUUUAACAUCAGAAAAUAGUUAUGAUUUUUCUAAACUUAAGGAAAUAGCAAAGAGAGUAACUUAUGAUUUAAAUAAAAUAAUAGAAAACAAUAACGCUAUACUUAACGAGGAAGAACAAUUGAAAUUUGGUUUAAAACAAAAUCAAUUAGCUAUUGGAAUUGGUAUCCAAGGAUUAGCAGAUUUAUUUAUUAAAAUGAGAUAUCCUUUUGAUAAACAAGAAGCUAGAGACCUUAAUGUUCAAAUUCAUGAAACUAUUUAUUAUGGUGCUUUAGAAGCAAGUAGUGAACUAGCCGCUAAAAACGGGCCAUAUAAAACAUAUUCAAAUAGUCCGACUAGUAAAGGGUUAUUACAAUUUGAUUUGUGGAAUGUAAAACCGUCUAAUUUAUGGGAUUGGAAUAGCCUAAAAACUAAAAUUGCACAACAUGGACUACGGAAUUCUCUGGUUACAGUUACUUCAAAUACUGAAAUUGAGUCUGCAAUAUUUGGAAAUAUGAAUUCUAUUGAACCAUUAGAUACCAAUAUUAAACGUAGAUAUAUUUCAUUGGGAGAAAGUAAACCAAAAGAAAUUCAGGUUGUUAAUCCAUACUUAUUAAAAGAUUUGCAUGAUCGUAAUCUUUGGAAUGAGAAUUUAAUAUCUGAAUUGGUGAAUAAUAUGGGUUCAAUACAGGAAAUUAAAGGCCUGCCUGAAGAUUUAAAACAAUUAUACAGAACAAAAUGGGAAAUUGAUCAGAAAGCUUUAAUGAUUAUGGCUGCUGAACGUGCUCCCUUUAUUGAUCAAUCACAGGCUUUUUCUCUUAAUAUGGUCAAAGCAAAUGAAGACAUACUUUCUGAAAUGCACAUAUCAACAUGGAAAAUGGGUUUAAAAACUGGGGUAUGUCAACUAAGGAUUAAGCAAACAGAAGAAGAUCUACGAGAUUAAUAAUUUUUGUAAAUUUUAUAUAUUUUUUUUUUUUUUUUUAACUAUUUUAUUUCAAAAUGAAGUGUAUUUUAAAAAUAUUUUUAGGCGCUCAUAUUUUAUAAAUUUAUAAUGUUUAGUACAUUUUGUAUUAUACCGUAUAAUUAUUAAUUUAGUUAAUUUUAAUUUUACUAUUAAACUAAUAAAUAUUAAAUUCUAUUGCUAAAUUAUUUGUUUUCUACACUAAAGUUUAGGUUAAAGUGGUCGUAAUGAUUUGAUGUAGGUGUAAAGUAGGGUGGUAUAUCAAUAACCAAAGCAAGUAAACAGUUCUUAAUUCCACCUAUUCCCCUUACUGAUUCAUUGUAUAUUUAAAUCAUAAAAUAAGUUACUUAAUAAUUAUUAGGUUAAUUACCUUUGCACUAGAUCUAGAAUUUAUUAAUCUAGAGUUUAUAAUAAUUAAUAAGUAUUUAUGAUUUUUUUUUUUAUCUAUCUAUAAUCUGUCAACCAUGUAAUAUUUUAUUUUAUUUUGUUACUUAUUUAUGGACUAAAAAUUAUAAUGUAAUAUAAAACCACAACAAUGUAGUAAUAGAUGUUUUGGAUAUUCAAUACAUUUUGAAAACAAAUAGUAUUAUUAUUAUAUUCUGUUAAUAGAUAUUUUACAUUAAUAUAUAUAUACAAUUUAAAGCACCAACAUUAAAUA